AUGACGCACCCGGAACGCAGCAAAGGCUCGGAUAUCGAAACCUCUAAGACUGUGCUGGAGAGCACAGGGAAAGAUGCUCGGCGGUCUGAUCAGCUCUUAACACAUUUCCCCAUUCUCCAGGGGAAGAGUGCAGAGGAACUGGAGACGUUGAAUCGUACGGUGCUGCGCAAGCUGGAUUGGCAGUUUCUUCCUUGCGUUACAAUGAUGCUUCUUAUGAGCUACUUGGAUCGUAUCAACGUUUCCAAUGCCCGCCUCGCCGGUAUGCAAAGUGACCUGCACAUGUCGGAUACUGUGUGGUCCGCUGGCAUUUCUCUCUUCUAUGUCGGCUACAUCAUCUCACAAGUGCCAGCAAAUGUCCUCAUUGCUCGAGGAAAACCGAGUAUCAUCUUCCCAUCCCUCAUGCUAGUCUGGUCUGCAGUAACGAUCUGUAUGCCAGCCCUAUCAUCAGGCUGGGCAUUCUGUCUCUGUCGAUUUCUGGUAGGCUUUGCUGAGGGGCCUUUCGUGCCGGCUGUCUCGCUGCUUACUUCUUCUUGGUAUACUAAGAAAGAGUCGCCAUUGCGGAUGGGUAUUUGGCAUGCAGGGAACAUCAUCUCUAACGUUUUCUCGAGCUUGCUUGCUGCGGCCAUCCUCACGAACAUGAAUGGAAUUGCGGACUUACGUGCAUGGCAGUGGUUUAUUCUCCUAGAGGGUAUUGUGAGCAUAUUGGUUGCUGUCAUGGCCUUUUGGUUCAUUCCCAACUUCCCUAAUAACACGAGUCGGCAAUGGUUCACGGAGGAAGAGGCAGCUAUGGCACAGUACAGACAGGUCGUUUCUGCGGGGGGAGUUCUGGAAGACGAUGGAGAGGUGAAUGCCUGGGGUGGAGUGUUGCUUGCCAUCAAAGAUCCUUUUACAGCACUUUUCUCUGCAAUCCACUUCUCACUCAUCAUUGCCCAAUCUUUCAAGGAUUUUUUUCCGUCGAUUGUUGAUACUCUCGGUUUUAAUGAAGUCGUCACGUAUCUCAUCCAGGCCCCACCGUAUGUCAUUGCGUAUGUCGCGACCCUUGUCAUCUCUUGGUCAUCAGGGAGGACUCUCGAUCAUUGCUGGCAUAUCGUCGGGCCGAUCCUUGUUUCUCUUGCUGGGGCAGUUCUUAUGAUAUCGACCCUCAACACCAGUGCUCGAUAUUUCAGCUUGGUUCUCUUAUGCACGGGCCCGUUUGUUGGUCUCAACAUCCAAAUAUCAUGGGAAACCACCGUUGUCCCACGACCAAGAACAAAACGAGCAGCGUUAAUAGCCAUCGCAAACUGUGUCUCUUCAGUGUCACAUUGGUUUACUCCGUAUUUCUUCCUUCGCUCACAAGAGCCUCGUUAUCAAACCGGUGGGGGAAUCAUUAUUGCUGGAUGUGGAUUGAGCAUCAUCUUCUGCGUGGUCACUCGGUGGUGGUGUAUCAGGAAGAAUAAAUUGUUAGAUAAAGUAGAGGCAGAGACCGGUGAAGUGACAGACUGGAGGUAUGCAACUUGA